GCUUUUACAACUAUCAUAACCAAAAUAAUAAUACGUAUUAUGACAAUAAGUAGUGCAACGUAAAAGGUAACCUCAAAUAAAGUAUUUCUAAGAUCUCAAAAACGUUAUAUUAUUUGAGAAUUUACAAUGUAAAUCAAAUAAAUACUGACGUACGUAAAAAUAAAGGUGAGUACUAGGCAAUAUCGCUGUUGUAUCUCGCCUUGCAAGUCUAAGCCAAUUGUCUCGUAUGAUUUUCUUUUGCGGAACGAACACAAUUAACUUAUAUGGGGUUUUUAUUGAAGUUUUCUCACAAUGCGGGACCGCACGCCACCUGUAAGUUUUCGAAUUGCUAUUCAUAAUCGCAAAUUAUUAAAUUGUUUAUUGACCUUAUAUGAAAGGUUUACGUGUUGACGUUUUACACAACUCAACCGUGACGUCACUAGCGGCGCCAUUACACUAGCUUGCGUUUUGGUACGAAUUUUAAAUCCAAAUAAAAAAAAACCUAUUAAACCUUAACUGAGGCCAAAAAUAUGAAUUUGAUUGUAAAUAAUAUACGUUUUCGAACAUUUCAGGACAGUUUUUCAAAAUAUGUCAUCAUAUAAAAUUAAUAUAAAAAACUUAUGCUUAGAGUGGAACAUUAAAGUUAACAAAAUAUUUGCAAUCGUUACUGACAAUGGAGCUAACAUAGUCAAAGCUGUCCAUGAUUUUGCUGGAAGAAAAAAACAUUUACCUUGUUUUGCCCACACCUUUAAUUUGGUCGUUGAAAAAGCUAUUAGUGAGACUGCUGGAUUCAAGGCCCUAAUAACAAAAGUCAAAAUUAUUGUCACUUACUUCAAGCAACGUGUACAUGCCAACGAUGAACUGAGAAAGUUACAAAAAAACAACGAUUCAGGCGUUCAAAAAUUAGUUCAAGAUGUGAGCACUCGGUGGAAUUCCACAUUUUAUAUGUUGGAAAGGUUUGUUCAUUUGAGUGGUCUUAUAAGCGCUAUUUUAUUACAGAACCCAAAAGCCCCAUCAAUGCUUACCGGUGGCCGAUUGACAACAAAAUAAAGGACAUUAUUAAUAUUUUACGUCAGGUCGAAAAUGUUACCACAGAAAUAUCAAGACAAAACUAUGCGUAUUAUUAUCCCGAUAAUGUAAUGUCAUGUUGCAAACAUGACAAAGUCAUAGAAUCUACUAACAAUAAUGAGACAAGUGAUUUAGGUUCAGAAUAUAAGGCCAAAAUAUUAAUAGAAAUAAAAAAGCGUUUCCAACAUAUCGAAAAGGUUCAUAUAUUGGCAGUGAGUUCUAUUUUAUAUCCCAGAUUAAAAAAAUAUAUGUUUUAUUGAUCUGCAGUCAUGUGCCAAUGCCUUAACUGAAAUAUCAGACUUGUUAAAACCUGAAAUGGAGGCUACUACUCCUACGACAAUGUCUACCGUCAAUAUAGCUGAAAAUAUCACUGAAAAAUGCUACGAUAUCUGGAAAUUUCAUAGCGAAAUGGUGGCACAAGUUAACGCGAGCAGACCACAGGAAGGCCUCCACACAUAUUUUAAACAGUAUUUGUCAGAACCAUUAUUGGACAGAAAGUCUGAUGCAAUGAAGUAUUCAGGUCAGCGAGAAAAGUCGUAUGGGCCCUACGUUAUUUGUCAGUGGUAGGAACGUCUGUGCCCUCCGAACGUCUUUUCUCGUUGGCCAACCACACUUAAAACAAAAGCCGCAAUCGCCUAGAUCCAGAGGCUAUCAAAAUUAUUAUUUCUACGUACCACCACGUUGUUGAGAAAAACAAAACAUUUUUUACAUUGGUCAAUCUUUCACUAGAUCUUUUACUUUUACUAACUACUAGAGAAUAAAAUAAACUCUGAUAUUAUAAAACACAUGUUUUAUUUUUUAAAUACUUGAUACGAUACUGGAUCGAUCCAAAAAAUCGUAUCGAAUCAAUUGGAUCUAUACUUGGAUCGAUACAGUGUAUUACUAUCCAUUGCGAUCCAGAAUAUCGAUACAAAGCACCUGGAUCGAACAUCCCUACAUACAAGAUGCAGCAAAGUUACAGUAUGGACUUACUUUAAACGACGUUAAGAUGUUGCAUAUGAGUUCGCGACGAAAAACAAUAAAAAAUAUCCAUUUUGCAGCGUUUAGUGGAAUUGCAAAAACUUUUAUCAUGUCUAUACAGACAAUUUUAUCAUAUGUUGUGUUUCGCAAUGCAGUUUCAAACCGUUCGUACUGAUGCAAUGCGUGGUCAAAAUUGCAGAAUUUGUGUAAUAUCGACAUUUCUAACAGAGGUGUCAAGUCACGCAAUAGUUGGGGUCACACCCGACACAGGUCAUUAAAUAACUAAAUCUAUAUUUCUAAUAGCCCUAAAAAUUUUAUUCUGGCAAUAUAUUUAAAUUACAUUAAGUCUACGGGUUAAUGGUAUAACUCUAGGUAAAAAGUAGUUUUAUUCAAAAGUUAUUUCUCAAAACAAAAGUUGAAAUGUCACACCCGUCACCGCGAACAGACCCAUAUGUCAUAGUAUAGUGGAACCAUAGAUGGGCUAUUUGCUAGCUUCGCAACUUUAGGAACGAUUACACUGGAAUGUCUGAGCACUGUUAAUAACUACAAAUCUAAAUAACAUGGAUUGUUUUUUUUUUCAGGUACGCAGCAAAGCAUUUGCCAGUUAAUCCGACAUGUAAACAUAAAUUGUGGCUGUCCACAACCGUGCGUUUUUGUCGAAAUUUUUUACCACGUACGACAAAACUGUGGAAUAUGUUGUCACCAGCAGUGUUUCCGGACCAAUACGACCCAAAAACCUUCAAAAAAGAGCGUACUCCUUCCUUAAAGGCCGGCAUCGCAUUUGUGAUACUCCUGGUGUUGCAAGUGUCCAUGGGCGACGGUGAUCACUUACCAUCAGGUGAGCCGUCUGCUCGUAUGCCCCCUAUAACAUUAAAAAAAAAACUUACAAUGCUCUGAAAUUCCACUGCAGGAUGUACGAAAAUUCCAUUAGUUUUUUUUAUUGAAACAUGUGAAAGGUAUAAAAACACAACGUCGUCGUCCAAGAUCUGAAUCUCGAAAUUACAAACUUUGAGGUUUGCAGCUAAAAUAUAGGGUAUACAGCAGAUCACAACUGAAAAUGAAUAAGUUUGCCAAAAAGCAUUCCUUCAGGUUUUACAAAUCAAGAGAUACCGCGUCAAAAAUGUAAUAAGGAAUUAUCAUCUUUAUGGAAAUUUUCCUACAGAAAAACGUGGAGGUGACCACAAGUCCCAAAAAGAAAAAAAAGAAAAUAUCCUAAAAUUCAUAAAGACUUUCAAGUGUUCUGAAGCUCCUUAUUGUCUUGGUUAUACGAGACGUAUGUACUUGCCUCCUGAGCUAAGUAUAAUAAAAUGGCCAAAAUGUACAAUGACCAAGCACUAGAAAACCUCAAAGUGAAAAGGGAGUAUUUUCGUACCGUUUUCAAUACUUGUUUCAAUUUUGACUUUGGGAGUCCUCGGGUCGAUGUGUGCUCAACUUGUCUUCAGCUUAAUGAAAAAUUAAAAUUGCGCAAACUGAUUGAGACGAAUCUAUCCUGAUGGCUGAGAAAACAGUACACAAACGUAGAGCUAAAGAUUUUCGAAAAGACUUCAUUAGUGUAAAAGAUGAUAUUUUGUAUUACAAAAAUAGGAUAGUAGUUCCCAACACUUUAAGAAAAUAUAUGUUGGCUAUUGUGCACAAGGGACAUUUAGGUGUUGUGAAAUAUAAAAAACGUAUUAGACAAUCAUUGUUUUGGGUAGGAAUGUCACAAGAUGUGGAAAAAUUUGUUCUUUAAUGUAAAGUGUGUGAUCAAAUUCGAGUUAGUAAUUGUAGGGAACAAAACUCAUCUGUCAUGAGGUUAGUAAUGUUCCAUUUUAAAGUUAUGUAUGAUAUAUAAGAUAUCUGUUUCUUUAAUGGCAAAAACUAUUUAAUAGUAGUUGAUUACUAUUCAAAAUGGAUAGAAGUACUAAAGUUAAAGGAUAAAACUGCAGGUUCUGUUGUUAAUAAGUUGAAGGUCAUUUUUGCCACACAUUGAAUUCCAAAAUAUAUUGUCAGUAAUAAUAUGCCAUUUAAUAGUUGUUACUUUAAAAAAAUUGCAAAUAAGCUCGAUAUUGAGUUGGUUUUUUCAAGCCCACACUAUCCGCAAAGUAAUGGUUUGACUGAAAAAGCAGUGGGCAUCAUAAAAAAUAUUAUGACUAAAUGUUUAGAAACUGGUUCAGAUUUCUAUCUUGCCUUGUUAAAUUAUAGAACAACACUAAUCAGCGAUUAAGAAUAUAGUCCGGCAGAGUUGCUGGUGAAAAGAAACCUUAGAAAAGUUUUGCAAAAUUUAAAGGAAAGUUUUUUUAAGGGAUAAAGGAAAAGCCACAGAAAAAAUAUAAAAACAUAUCUAAGAAUAAACGAAUUCCAAGUAGGAGAAAAUGUUAGAGUGCAAAAUUACAAGAGUAAAUUGUGGGAACAAGGAAAAAUUAUCAAUAAAUGUGACAACCCGAGAUCUUGUGUUGUAAAAAAUGAACACAACAAUAUUUUAAUAAGACAUUUUAAAUUUCUAAAUCCUAGUAAAAAUGAUUUUGUUAUCAAACCAAAUCAAUUGUUUUUAGUAAUAAUAAUAACAGCUGUAGUGAAAACACCAGUUUGGUUCAGAGUAAUAGUUCUAAUAAUGUAAAUGAUAAUAUUACAAUGCAAAAGAUGCAAAUGCAAACUAAUAAUAGGAAGGUGACCACAAAAUCUGGUCGUGUAGUUAGGACACCGUUGAGAUUUAAAGAUUUUGUUCAUUAAUAAAUUGUGUCUGUAAGUUUUAAGUAUUAAUUUUAUGUGUUUGGGCAACAAUCUGUAAGGGCGGGACAUAUGGUUAUAAUAAUGGUAUUCCAAAAUGUAUAUUUGUUGUUGGCAACGCUGGCACUUCCUUGCGGUAGGUCGAUAAAAUGUUUGUGUCACCAUAAAUGUGCGCUUCAUAAUAAAAUAGCAAUUUCAAUCAAACACAUCUUUUAUUAAUAUUGAACAAUUAUAGCGUUCUGUAACCAUUUGCGCACAAGCGCUUUUUAAAGUUUAAAAGAUGGCGAAUACAUACGUGAUAUAAUAGAACGCAAUGAUAUGAGACCGUUUCGUUCUAUGAUAAUUAUGCUUUGAUUUUACAAAAAUAUAAUCUUUAUUUUCGAUCAUUUAAAGUCGAUUAUCGUAUAACACUACUUUUAUUUCGAUGUUUCGCCGUCUCGGUCGCAGCACGGUGGCGCCAGAAGCGCUGGAGCAACUGUGCCGCUUAUGUAUGACCUUAUCGCCAUUAAAAUAGAGUGCAAGUUUGUUUAGCAACAAAAAAUAAAUAAUAAUAUGGCAACAAAAAUGCACCGCUCGCUCGCUUGUGACGAGGGCGAUUGUUUAGAUUUUUUUAGUUUGCAUAAAUUAAGAGCGCGCGCGUAGAGUUCGAAUAAAAAUAUUAAAGUAAACUGCAAUUAAGAAAUUUAUCAAUCUUUUAAUUUAUUGGAAUUGUUUAGAGGUGUAUAUAUAGUGAAAUAUUUGUAAAUAUAUGAUAAAGUUUACUUUUUAAAGUUGAUUUCUUCUAUUUGAAGAGUAUUUAAUUAAAAAUAAUUAAUGAUUAAACGAACUUACCUGUACGUGAAGUUCUA